UCAGACCGUAGAAGCACUCAGUUGACUGCAGUCAGUCAUUGCGAUACGACGUCGUCAUCAUCACCUCAAGAUCAUCAUCUGGGGGAAGAUUUAUCUUUAUUAGCCACGUAACCAUUUUUUAUUUCGAACAAUCACUCUGUAACGACAUUGGAUUUUGUUUGAUUUUCUACAAAACCUGCGUGAUGAAUUACUCAUUUCAUAUCUGGUAAAUUCCCAUGAUUACUGUUAACGGACGAGUUUUUUUUUAAGACUUUUUUUUCGAGAAAAGAAAACUAGAUAUUUGAGAUUUGUUCCUGAAAAGGUGAGAAAUAAUUUCAGGUGGAGCGAUUUUACCUCAUAUUCUUCAAUGCGCACGCUGUAUGUGACUUUGAGAAAGAUAUAUUUUCUUCAGUAAGGAUUCCACCCACAUUGCUCUUGAACGACAAGUGUGUAUUAUAGCCAGAUGCAGCGUUUUGACCUUCACAAUGCACGGAUAAGCCGUUGAUGAUACCUGGUCCGCUGAGGAAUAAAAGUGAUUUAUACAAACGAGAAGAAUCUAAAAAUAAAGAGGGACAUGAUGGUUGGGAUUUGUUACACCAGAGCCUGUUUCAUUCCCGCUAUUAUCUGUCUUCUUUGGAGUGGUUCCGUUAACAGUGAAGAUGCUAAGCAUCGUCAGGUGGAUAAGAUUGACGUAAGAAGUGCAUCGAGAUCGCUUAUUGACUGGCGACAUCGUGUACGACGGGCAUCAUUGACCAGCGUGUGGUCAUCAUGGAGUGGAUGGUCAGCGUGUUCGAGAACGUGUGGCGGUGGAGCACAGUUUAAGACCAGACAUUGUAUGAGUAGGAUUCCGAUGAGGUAUAUGACAGGAGCUCUGACCUGCCCAGGAGACAGGAGAAAGUAUCGAACGUGUAAUAUAAAGGACUGUCCCCACCAUCAUCUUGACUACAGAUCGGCUCAAUGUGCUGUCUUCAACCAACGUGAUAUUCAAGGGAAUAUAAUCAGAGAAUGGCUACCAGUAUACAAUUCUCAAGAGGAAUGUGAGUUAGUAUGUCAUACAUCCGAUGGAGCCUACAUGUAUACAUUUGGAAGAGUACUGGAUGGAACGCGUUGCCGAUUUGAGGAUCGGGAUAUGUGUAUCAAUGGAAAAUGUAAUAAAGUUGGAUGUGACGGAGUAUUAUAUUCCAAUCUGACCAAGGAUUCAUGUGGUGUUUGUGGAGGGCUCAACGAGACAUGCGGAUAUGUUAGAAAUGUAUAUACAGAUGAAUAUCCAGUAAAAGGUUAUUACAGGUAUAGUAAGAUUGGGUCAAUACCAGCUGGAGCUACCAACAUCAGGAUCAAUGAUAAAAGUGGACUCAAUUAUAUAGCCAUAAAGGACGAGUCCAAUAAUUUCAUUUUGAAUGGGGAUUGGACCAUUAGCUGGCCUGGAAGCUAUGAAGCAGCUGGUACAUCUAUAUUCUAUGAUAGAAAGAAUGAUGGAUUGGAAAAUGUGAUAGCUGAUGGACCUCUUAAUAGUUCAUUAAAUCUUAUGAUCAUAUUUCGUGAGCGCAACCCAGGUGUGGAGUAUGAGUAUUGGCUCCCACCCAAGACUAAAGAUAAUGAAGUACAUAGUAUCAACUAUAACAAUGAGAUACAGAUGCUUCCAUUCUUACCAGAAGUAUUAAAAGGAACACCAGAAAAGAAGAAAUUUGGUACAAUUGAAUCAACAAAUAAGAAGCAACUCCCUGAACGUGAAGAAUCCAUUCCGCCCGCCUCAUCGCCAGCAGGCAACGAGAAAAGGCCGGCAUUAAAGAGUUCUGAUAAAAAGACUAAAAGAAAGAACAAAAACAAUAAUACUCGAAAAGAGAAAUGCAGUAAAUGCAAAAGGGUGAAAGGUCGAUCGGUGCACUUUUGUAAAGGGUCCUAUGCAAUCUUAUUUGAAGUCGUCGGCCAGGCAACCAUCGAUGGCGAAACACGAUACGACGUCGCCAUCGAGGAGAGCUUCAAAAACCAGAUGCAACUUAACCAUCGGGAGUACUUAUGGGUUACCAACUCAUGCCCCUGCCCUAAGCUACGAACAGGUGGUCGAUAUAUCGCAACCGGUGAUCGAGUCACGGACUUAGAGUCAGGCGAGAGCAGAUUAACUUUAGAGCGGGAAAACUUGGUUGUCAAGUACAAAGCAGGAUUGAGAGAAUCUUGGAAUCGAUUGCAAAGGAAAGAAGAAUCCAUUUGCUCUAAAUAUCUCUGAAAAUUAUUGGGAAUAAAACUGUUACAUGCUGCUUUGAUUUGAUUGAAAAAAAAUUGUACUUCUUGUUGACGUGCUUUAACAUAACAUGGAGAGACUACCAUUUGAUGUGCCCCUUCCAAACAAUUAAAAUGGCUUUUUUGUUUUUUCUCUUCUAUCUUCUGGUAUGCAAUAGCCUUUAUAUCAUGAGGUAGAUCAAUACAUAUGGCUUACCAAUGUAGGAAAUACCUUUUAAAAUAGAGGCAUUUGCUACAAGUAAUAUUUUGAAUUCAUUACCAACCUGUGUUAAAAGCAUAAAUGCACAAGGUUAUGAAAUUCCAAAAGCUUCUUGAACAGAUGAAAAUUGGUGCUAACAUCCCAGGAUGGUUUCAAAUCAUUACUUUGAAAAGAAUUUGCUGAUUUUUUUUAAAUAUUCAAAUAGUAGCGAGUUUCAAAUAAUAGAUUUUUUUUUCUAUUUGAGAAACCUAAGCUGAACUCAUAUGUUCACAUGAAAAUAAUCAGGAAACUCUCAUUAGGAAAACAGACAUAAGGAAAUGUCAGCAAUAUUGGGAAAAAAAAUCCAUGGAUAAUCUUCUGAAUUGAUGAAUUUACAUAAAUCAAGUACAUGUAAUUAUUAGUUUCAUUGAAAACACAUAAAGAAUGGAAGUUAAACAAAUUACCUUAAGUUUAAAUUCUGUAUUUAAUAAAUCACUUGAUUAUAGUAAUCAUAAUGCGUAGAUAAAUAAUUGCUAUACAUAAAAUAUAAAAAUUUCCAUCACCAUACACUUGUGCAACUGGCGUGAAGUACUAUUAUUCUCAGACAAAUAUGUAAUUGUUUCAUAAUUCACCUCCAAAAUAUGAAAUAUAAAUUAUGCAACAUAA